ACUUGAGUGAUCAUCGUAUUCAGGCAAAGAAUGGCAAAGUAAUGGCUGCCGGUAAGCUGAGUUCUCCGAAAGUUUCCACGUACGAUCGUUUUAUUCCAUAUCGACCACACCUAAAUGUAGAUGUGGCCCACGCUCGGGUGAUGAGCCCUCCCAGUGGUGCCAGGAAUUGUCAGUCCCCCUGGUACGACGAGCGCUUGUUAAUCUACAGCGAUGUUCUGGGUGGAAUUCUCGAUACUCCCGGACACAAACAAGUGUUGCCCAUCUUUCAACAAAGCCCGGAAGCAACAAGUCCCACAACACCACUCUUUGAUGACCCAAAAUCAUGUUCAAGAAAAACCAGAAGGAGGGUUGCAUCAUCCCCCAAAAAUAUCCUGGAUAUGCCGAAAAUAAGGAACGAUUUCUAUACCAAUGUUCUUGACUGGGGACAGUCCAACAAAAUUGCUGUGGCUUUAGAGCAGACGACAUACAUCUGGGAUGUAGAGUCCAAAAUUUGCAAGAAGAUAAAUGUCGCCUCGGAGGAAGAGGAAGCCAGCUUGUAUUUUGUAUCUGCCGUCUGCUGGGACAACGAGGGCCACCUUGUGGCAACGGGAGAUAACAAGGGACAUCUGAAGGUUUUCGACCCUGAAACGGAGAAAAUUAUACAGAAUAUUGGAGUAAAUGGAAAUGCCACAAUCAGCGUUUUAAGAUGGAGAACGCACGAACUAUACACUGGAAACCGUAACGGGGGUGUUAUCCAGUACGAUACAAGGUGUCCAAAUCUUGGUGGUAGACGGUUGGGACACGGACAAGAUGUCUGCGGCAUGGCAAUGUCCCAUAAUUCCCACCAUGUGGUGACUGGCGGAAAUGGAGGACUGGUGCGGUUAUGGGAUUUGCGCACGCAUCAGUGUUUUCGAACAAUCAAAGCGCACAGCGCAUGUGCCAAGGCACUUGCAUGGUGUCCUUGGAGAAGUAGUGUUAUAGCAACGGGUGGCGGCGCACAGGAUGGGUACAUCAGACUAUGGCAGAUCCACACCGGGGAAAUGAUUGGUGAGGUUUCAACCAACUCACAGAUAUGUGGUUUGUUGUGGUCCCAAGAGUAUCAAGAACUUGCUUCUAGUCACGGUUCAGUAACUCCAGAAAAUAACGACAUCGUCCUGUGGAGGAUGUCCAGAUUUCAAUUCGAACCCCAGACUAGACUUCAGCAGCAUCUCGCGAGACCACUUCACAUGGCGCUCAGUCCUAAUGGUACCACUAUUGCUUCUGCGGGAGUGGAUGAAAUGAUGUGCAUCUGGGAAUGUUUUCCAGAAAAUCGCGAUCACCUUCGGAGACAGUCGUCUUCGACCUUAGCACUGGACCAGAUGAUUCGAUGAAAUUCCGAGUUUAGUAGAUGAUUCGAUGACUGUCGUGUGUUCUGUAACGAAUGGUCCCAAUCACUGUGAUUUCUAUAAUUGUAGAUAUCAAUGUUUUGUUUUUGUUGUAGAGUCUGAAUUAAAAGUAUGUAUUUCUGUU